AUGCCAGGUCAGCUCACCCUGCCCAGAUUCUGCAGCUUCCUUCUCCCCUGGGUGCUCGCCAUCUCCCACAGAGCGCUGGGGGACCCAGCACCCUACCCUGGCCCCCACUACCUCCUGCCCCCCAUCCACGAGGUCAUUCACUCUCGACGUGGGGCCACGGCCAUACUGCCCUGCAUCCUGGGCGCCUCGCCUCCCAGCUACAAGGUGCGCUGGAGCAAAGUAGAGCCAGGGGAGCUCCGGGAAACACCGAUCCUCGUCACCAAUGGGCUGCAAGCCCGGGGCUACGGGCCGCUGGGCGGACGUGCCAGACUGCGGAGGGGGCAUCGGCUGGACGCCUCCCUGGUGCUGGCAGACGUGCGUCUGGAGGACGAGGGCCGGUACCGCUGCGAGCUCAUCAACGGGGUGGAGGACGAGAGCGUGGCGCUGAGCCUGCGCCUGGAGGGUGUGGUGUUUCCAUACCAGCCCAGCCGGGGCCGCUACCAGUUCAACUACUUCGAGGCCAAGCGGGCAUGCGAGGAGCAGGAUGGGCGCCUGGCCACCUACGGCCAGCUGUAUCAAGCGUGGACCGAGGGGCUAGACUGGUGCAACGCCGGCUGGCUGCUGGAGGGCUCCGUGCGCUACCCGGUGCUCACCGCGCGAGCCCAGUGCGGCGGCCCCGGCCGGCCCGGCAUCCGCAGCUACGGGCCCCGCGACCGCAUGCGCGACCGCUACGAUGCCUUCUGCUUCACCUCGGUGCUGGCGGGCCAGGUGUUCUUCGUGCCCGGGCGGCUGACGCUGCUCGAGGCGCACGCCGCAUGCCAACGGCGCGGGGCCAUGGUGGCCAAGGUCGGCCACCUCUACGCCGCCUGGAAGUUCUCGGGGCUGGACCAAUGCGACGGCGGCUGGCUGGCGGACGGCAGCGUGCGCUUCCCAAUCACCACGCCGCGGCCGCGCUGCGGGGGCCUCCCGGACCCCGGGGUGCGCAGCUUCGGCUUCCCCAGGCCCCAGAAGGCGGCCUACGGGACCUACUGCUACGCGGAGACGUAG